AUGGGUCAAGGUGUAUCUUCUGGUCAAGAUAAAAAGAAGAAGAAGGAUGGGAACCAAAAGCCCAAGUAUGAACCUCCUGUUCAGUCAAAGUUUGGUAGGAAAAAGAGAAAGCAUGGUCCUUCCACAGCUGAGAAAUUACCAAACAUUUAUCCAAAUACUAGAUGUAAAUUGAAGUUAUUAAGAAUGGAAAGAAUUAAAGAUCAUUUGUUGUUAGAAGAGGAGUUUGUCACUAAUUCUGAAAUUUUGAAACCGUUCGAGAAAAAACAAGAAGAAGAGAAGAAACAAUUAGCUGAAAUUAGAGGUAACCCAUUAAGUAUAGGUACUUUAGAAGAAAUCAUUGAUGAUGACCAUGCUAUUGUAACCAGUCCAACUAUGCCGGAUUAUUACGUAUCUAUAUUAUCCUUUGUGGAUAAAGAAUUAUUAGAGCCUGGCUGUUCUGUCCUUUUACAUCAUAAAACUAUGUCUAUUGUGGGUGUUCUACAAGAUGAUGCCGAUCCAAUGGUUUCUGUAAUGAAAAUGGACAAGUCUCCAACUGAGUCGUAUAGUGAUAUUGGUGGUUUGGAAUCACAGAUCCAAGAAAUUAAGGAAGCCGUAGAAUUACCAUUAACACAUCCAGAAUUAUAUGAAGAAAUGGGUAUAAAACCACCUAAAGGUGUUAUAUUAUAUGGUGCCCCAGGUACUGGUAAGACAUUAUUGGCAAAAGCAGUUGCUAAUCAAACAUCGGCCACAUUCUUGAGAAUCGUAGGUUCUGAAUUAAUACAAAAAUAUCUCGGUGACGGUCCAAGAUUGUGUAGACAGAUUUUUAAAGUGGCGGCUGAAAAUGCACCAAGUAUCGUUUUCAUUGAUGAAAUCGAUGCUAUCGGUACAAAAAGAUAUGAUUCAAAUAGUGGUGGUGAAAGAGAAAUCCAAAGAACUAUGUUAGAAUUAUUAAACCAAUUGGAUGGUUUUGAUGAUAGAGGUGAUGUUAAAGUUAUAAUGGCAACAAAUAAAAUCGAAAGUUUAGAUCCUGCAUUAAUUAGACCAGGUAGAAUUGAUCGUAAGAUUCUAUUCGAACAACCUGAUCUACAAACAAAGAGAAAAAUUUUAACCAUACAUACAUCGAAAAUGAAUUUGAGCGAAGAUGUUAAUCUAGAACAAUUAGUGACUUCAAAAGAUGACCUGUCAGGUGCUGAUAUCCAAGCUAUGUGUACAGAAGCUGGUUUACUAGCAUUGAGAGAAAGAAGAAUGCAAGUCACCGCAGAAGAUUUCAAACAAGGUAAAGAACGUGUCUUGAAGAACAAGGUCGAAGAAAACCUGGAAGGUUUAUACUUAUAG